AUGCUCUCCUUCUACAUCGCGAUACGGCCGGUCGCGGCCGCCGUUGAGGAGCAGCCGGUGGCCGCGCGUCGCCGGCGGCACGCUUCGUUGGCGGCCUGCAGGAGGAAGAAGCCGAGGAGACAGCGGCGCCGCCGUAGGGGACCCGCCGCGGCGCACAAGGCGUCGUCCCCCUCCGAGACGACGACUUCCUCGGCCGCCGCUGCUCCGCUUGUGACGUCGUCGUGCGCCUCCUCCGCGGCAGCGCCUCCCGUCUACGCUCACCCCAAUCCGGCGGUCGUCGGCGACCUCAAGGAGGACCCCUGCGCCGCCGUCGCGCUCGCCUUGGACAAGUGGUGGGCGCCACCGGCCGCCGCUCCGCCGCCUCCCCCUCCGCAGCUGCUGGAAGUGCUGGCCGCCGCGGCCGCGGGCACGGACGCCCCCCCGUACGUGACGCCGCUGCACCACCACCACCCGCACCACCACCACCUGUCUCCGCACCAGACGAGACUGCUGGGUGGUCCCGCGGGCGCGGGCCCACCGGCUGCCGCCGCCGGGCCUCCCCCGCCCCCACCGCCGCCGCCGCCUCCCCCGCCGGGCGUGGUGGCUGCGGCGGCGCCCACCCCGCUGGGACCCGCCGCGCCGCCGCCGCCGGAGCUACCCUGCCUGCUCCUGCUCGGCUCGCCGCCCGGAUCGGCCGCGGCGGCGGCUGCUGCCAGGGGACUGCAGCACCGGUUUCCUGCGGUGAGUUUCCCUUUCCGGACGUCAUCUUCCUCCGAGUCGUGGUGGAACCACAUGGUGCAGACCCAGAUGGCGUCCAGCUACCCCCAGUACGUGACCCAGAAUGGCGGCGAGCGGGCUGACGGCAAGGACGGUUCCUUUGCCCUGCCCAUCGUCACCACAAACGGCGUCGAGCAGCAAACGAUCGUGAAACAGAAACUGUCGGCCGAUGCUGGCGCAGCCGCGCGCAUGCGCAUUGCUUACCUCGAGCAACCAGGCGCUCUCGAAGCCAGGGACAUCACCGGCACAGCCGUCGACAAACAAACUGACCUGGAGCCCGAUGCCAAUGGCGCUGCCACAGGAGUGGUACUUACCGGUGCCCAGGCGGCAGGAGCCCAGGCCGCAGCAGCAGCUGGCAUGGCAGUCGUGGAGGCAGCCAAGAACGGCCAGCCCAAGCGGCUGCACGUCUCAAACAUCCCAUUCAGAUUUCGGGACCCCGACCUGAGGCAACUCUUUGGCCAAUUUGGUGCCAUUCUUGAUGUUGAAAUCAUCUUCAACGAACGGGGUUCUAAGGGCUUCGGUUUUGUCACGUUCGCAACUAGUGCGGAUGCGGACCGAGCACGAGAGCAAUUGAACGGCACAGUUGUCGAAGGCAGAAAGAUCGAGGUAAACAAUGCGACAGCGCGGGUACAGACCAAAAAGACGCCGACAAUACCCAACGGUGAGCAGACAGUGGCCGCUCUGCGGGGCGUAGCGAUCCAGCGGGGCCGAGCGCGGGGCGCGGCCGCGGCCCCGUUCGCCGCCGCCUUUGCGCGACACCCUUCACCACUCACUGCUGCUGCUGCGGCUGCUUCCGCACUCCACGGCUACACUCCUGUGUACCAGGAUCCGUUCCUCGCAUAUGCAGGCGCCGAGAGAUACCAGCUUCCGGCCACGUAUGCAGCGAGCGCUGCCUAUACAGCGGCAGCAGCGAGGAGUUAUGCGGCCGCAGCUGCAGCUGCACAGCCAGCCGUGGCUUCCUACACUGCUGUGGCAGGCUCCCCGUCGCUCUACUACAGCUAUGGGCGGGAGUAUGCCGACCCCUACCUGGGCCACAGCAUAGGACCAGUCGCCGGCUACGGGGUGAGUGUCCCGACGGCAGUCUACCGGAGUGGAUACAACCGAUUCACUCCCUACUGAAGGUGUCCCUCAAGUGGAGCAGCUACGCCGGGUGGGGAGGGGCGAUGAGGGCCAAGGUGACGUCAGCAAGAGAAAAAAAGAAAAACUUGUCGCCAGCAGCAAUUGAUGCAACGUCGAAACUUUGCCACCUUCAUUGUCGCUCCCUGACUUGUCAUCUGGCUUUUUUUUUUUUCUCCCUCUCGACUUUAUCAUUUAGUUCUUACUUGUCACUCAGCACAUAAAUGAAAAUGUAUGGGUAAGGAAAAUGCGAGAACUGUUUUUCUUUACAUUGCCGCAUUGCUCGUCACUCCCCGUAUAAAAUGUGUGUAUGUGUGCCCAGUUCGCACCCGUUCUGUCAUCCCUGGCGAGACUUUCUGUGCCGCUCGCUUUCUCGCGGGGGCGGGAGGAGGGACAUGUAGGUGGGCACCUCGCAUCUUGGUCACUGGCCAUGCAGAUGUCGAUGCGAGCCACCUUGUGUCGUACCUCUCACUUAUGCUCUAUCAUCCCACGGGACGAGACACUUUUGGGGGCCUUUCUGCAUCUGCUGGCUUCGCUUCUCAUGUUGUUCUUCUUUAGCUCUGAAUUUCUAUAUCUCGCUCUGUUUAACAUAGUAAGCACAUUUCAGUUCUUCCCAACUUUUAUUUCGACUUGGCAAAAAAAAAAAAAGGAAUGUAUGAAGCCGUGCAACUUCCUUUUAGUUCCCCAUUUAUACAUGCCAAGGUCACCUGGCCACUGUAGCCAUUCAUCACUUUCUAAUUCUGCGUCGUAGCUUGCGUACAUGCAUUGCCCUCCAUUGCAGUUAUGACGUCAUUCAUAAAUCCUCGGGUUAGCCCACAUUCUUUCCUUUUCGGUUUCUCCACUUUGGUGGUUGGCGGCGCAGUUACACCCCCAUGUUUUGGCCACUGCAAUGCGACCUCAGUGGCAAUGUAAUUUAAGUUUUUCUUUUGAGUGAGUAAGUCAGUGAUUUUUUUUAAUUGCAUUUUGGAACAUCAUCAUUAUUUCUCUUCCUCCUAAAAUUUGGUUGGUUCCCUCCCCCCUUCUUAAGCUGCGUCGGCCUUCGUUUGUCAACCCGUUUUCCAUUCUUUUUUUCGUUGUCGUUUGCCAAGGCGCAUUUUUAGCAUUUGUGUUUGUCUCUAUUAUUUUGUUGUUCGUGCUGUCACGUUUCAAUUCAGGUCACCACUUCAGUGUGCAUUGUCUCGGUCAGUCAAAGAACGGUAGAGGAAAAAAAAAAAUGCCUGGAAGUGAUGGUUAAGGACAAAUUAUUCCGGAAAGCACGGGAUGCCCUAUGACUUGACUUCAGUUAGUGGUAAGAGUCUUGCGUACUGGCUUGAGUGCUCUGCAAAGGGCAUUCUCCUGCCUUGUUAAGUUUUAGAGCAUGUCAAUGUGGUGUUUUCUGGUAGCAAGGAUGUGGCAUCACACAGAUGUAUAAAGGUACUCAAAAAUAAAAGUGUUGCAUUGUUUGGUCUCCUGGAUGUCUCGGAUGACAGAAAGAAUUGCACCACAAGUCUCUGCAGAAUGCCGUUAAGCCAGGAAGUAUGGCUUCGGAAUGGCACUUUUUUUUUUCUCAAUCAUACCAGUCACUAUAAACACGUGAAAACUGCGUUCAGGCUGCCUUCUGGAGGCUCAUUCGGUGCACAAAAUGGGGUUUGCCACUUGCCAGUCAAUCAUUUUAAAUCUGAUGCCCGUGUAUAAAUUCCAAUAGCAUUAUCGAACAAGUCUCUCGUAAUGUUUAUGUAAUUUCAAGUACAUGGUUACUCCAGCUGGCAGUAUUCUUUUAGCAUAUACAAGGCAGCAGCUGACACAAGAAGUCUUUUGAACGUUUGCAAGUUCAGUGUUGCAGGCAUCCUGGAUGGAGCAAUUUAUUAAUAUACUCCGUGAUAAGAAGUGAAUGGGGUCGUCGGUCAAGGCAUAUGCCACAUGUCACCUCUGCUCUGUGGCAAAUGGUGGGAAAAUGACAUAGGAUAGUUCUUGAGCCGGAUACUUCAGGCAGUCAGUCAUGUCGCCAAAGACUAAAAUACUCUCAAAGUCGCACGAUGGUGACAUACACGCAAGCUCAGUUAUUUUUUUAUUUUUUUUUAUUUUUUUUUUUCCGCCCUGUACAUAUUUAUUGUCUCAGCUUGUCCAAGCAGUUCUGCCUUUCCCUCUGCACCUGCGAUUCUUCUGAACUUUUAACUCUGUAGUUCUGUGCAUUGAGUAAAGCAAAGCAGUUCUUUUCUUCCAUUCCUUUAUUGUCCAACUGGCUGCAUUAAUGUCCAAAGCCAACUUUGCACUCACAGGAAGUGAAGCAUGUAGAGAUGAUCGAAAAGAGGGAAAGGUGAAGCCCAAACGUCAGCUGUUCACAUCGCUGACAACCAAACUUUGUUGCAGUUGUUGAGGGCCCCAAUUCUCGCCAGACUCCACCCUCAUUUUUUUAAGCCUAUAUAUCCCUCUCAACUCACUUUUACCGUAGAGCAGCUUCUACUUUCUUGCGCUGCACGCGUUUUUGAUAAAGUGGUCAAUGCCUAGGGCGAUAGGUAUAAAAUCUAUCAGCCUGGCAUAAAGUUUGGAUAGCUCCUCUUUCAUUUCUUUUUUCUCAAUCACGGUAGUUGCUAGUUGUGUUCCCUAUCCCAACACUUCCCGGCUUUUGAAAGGGUUACCUUUCAGUAGACCUGAGCUUGUAUAUCCGCACUCUUUGACAGUAGCUGCAUGGCAUCUUUGUUUUAACUUGUCAGCAUGGCCGUUCCGUUUCCUGCAAGGUGUUUGUCACCCGAGACAGGAUUGUACAUGGUUUUUGUCAAAAUGCCCAUUUUGAUGUUGCACUCAUGCUGGGAGUCGGGUUCAGAGCAAGUGAUGAACGUAAUAAUGGGACAUAUUCUUCAGCCUUUCAAGGCCCCUGUGCUUUUUCACUUGGGCUUCAUUGGCUUUGGUUAAGGCAGGAACGAGGCAACUUUAAAACACUGUUAAUAACCAGUUCUUAUGUUUCACAUUGCCUGCGUUAUCAUUAAUUCAAACCCCAGUAAGAUCUUGCACAUCUUUGAAUGGCUUUGAGUUAAGCUGUGCAGAGUAAUCCUGCUAUUGUGCUUUUCAAAACCUCUGUGCUCCCAAGCACUGCUUUUGAAAUUGCGAUUUCUGUUGUGGUGCAGCUGAUUCUUUGGGUGUAUACAAGAUUACUUUUCUUCAAGUGCUCGGACAAUUCGAACCAUGUUGUUUGUCACUCCAAGCCUCUCUUGUGUGUGCUGUGUAUUGUAGAAUUCAAUGGCAGCUGAUGCCCAUGAAUAGGGUUCUUGCAGUACUUGUGUGUGUGUGUGUGUGUGGACCCACUUUGCAUUAUGCUUUUCAACAUGUCUUUUACUCGUGUUUGCAUUCUGCCUUCUUUAAACAGAGUUCCGAAUGCAAUCAAUAUUCGAUGUGUCAGUUUUCUACUUGGUCAUUUUUUUUACAGUAAAGUUUGAAACAAAAUUACUGACAUAUAAUGGGUUAUUUUUUUUUUCUUUUCUAAGGUAUUUCUUUCUGAAAUUUCUGAAGCUCAUUAUUCAGUGUAAAUGUGUUAAGACUUGUUUUGUCUACCUCAAGGGUGUUAUUGCAGUUCUCAUUAUAACCUUUCGCACGGGACACUCAAGAUAAGAAUAAAUGUCUUGGUCUCGGUAUUUUAUCAUUUCAGUAAAGUUUUCACUUUGCUCUUCCAAAUCUUUUUUGUGCCUGCGACGUGAAUGCAUAUGUAGCCUCAAAUGUAAAGGGUGCAUCCACUUUUGUUUCAAAGAGAGCAGAAUACAGGCAUGACAACAAGGUCUGGUUUCUUCAAGUACAAAAUUUCAACACUUUUGAUCCAUUGAUGUCCCGCUAUUCGAAGUGCUUGAUUCCCUCUCCUUUGCAUAGCUAACAGAAAAAAGGAUUGUUUGCUAGUACUUUAUUAUUUUCUGUGUAAAACUUUGUCAAAGCAUGCAAGUUUUAUGUCGAAUAUUUGCAUGUGUGUCUUGUCACUGGCACGUGCCCUCUUUAAUUUAGACCGUCUUUGCGCCAAACUUUUCAAAAAUUUUGUUUCUGCCAUCGCCACCUUGCAAAGUGUAACCAGGCUGAUACGUUCGCCUUCAUGAGUGACAUGUGCGUGUUGUGCUUUUUUUUUUCUUCCCCCACCGCUGUUCCUUCUUCAAAAAAGGAUGUGAACAGUACACACAAUGAAUCUCUUCUUGUUGCUACACAAAACAGAAACAAGCGAAGCGAGAAGUGGACAAGCAGUCUUUGUUUUUCUUCUUUUGUGUGUGUUGUAUGUGUAAUAAUGGUUGAAUAAACGAAACGGCCGAUGUAA